GGCGUAUUAUCAAUUCCCGACCGCUUCUGGCUGCGAGAUAUUCCUUGGAAAUUGCCCGCUCCCAGAAGGCAAUUGGCAGCCAAGGCGGCAGGAAGAGCGACAGCGAUAGUCAUAGCGACCCCCCGAGGUAUGGGCAAGCAAGUGUCUUCGCCUCGCUCCCCAGGCACGAGCUCGAUGGAACCCGCGGCAAAGGACCCCGACGCGGAUGUCGUGGGGCUCUCCAGGGCUAGGUUUUUGGACCACUUUUUGUCGUUUCGUGAGCAUCUAUUGGCUCAAUUUUUGGAGCACCAGAGCGCCGCGGUGAAAUUGGAUGUGGACGAGGAUGUAGCAGCGCGAAGCGGCCGCCGAGUCAUUGUCGAUGUCGACCUUCGGGCACCAGAGAUGGAUACAGAUGAGGAGGUUGAGAAUAUCGACACGGUGGAAGAGGUGAAUGCGCCGCCGGUCAUACCAGCAGCGUCUAUGGAGGACGACAGCGUAUCCCGAAUACGAACCAACGACACGGUAGAUACAUAUCGAAGGACACCCGACGAAGGUACUACAACUGCUGAGCAAGAAGAGAGUUCCGAUGCAGUUGUUGGCGACGCUGUGACCCCACCCACGACACCCCAUAAUGAUAUACACCGACGAAAACGAUCAUUGGAUACGACCACCACGACCAACUCCCACCCGGCCGAUGCAUCCAUGUCCGUGCCGCUCGAAACCCCGUCUUCCGUCAUACGCUCGCCCCCUCGGAAAGUGCUUCGGUCGUCAACCCCAGGCCGGCAGUACCAACCGCCGGUUGUCACGACCAACGUGCGUUACUUGGGCCAACAGGCGCUGCUUGCAUUGGACGACAAACAACUUCCCAAGGCGAACGCUGCCUUACGCACGGGCGACUCGGUGGCACUGACGGACGUUCUCCGAAUGCACACGGAGAAAGUCCAUCAGCUGCAGAAAGCCCCGAGCAAGAAGCGCCAGCUGCCGCGGCUCAAGGACCCACUCCGAGUCAAGUGCCACUGGGACAUGUUGCUGGAAGAAAUGGCGUGGGUGGCCGCGGACUUUAUCGAGGAGCGGCACUGGAAGCGAGCGGCGGCGUGGCGCCUCGCGCGGGAUGCCUGCGAUGCCAAAAGUGCGGAAAAGAAGGCCACGGAGCAAGACAAGCGCAAGCUGGCGCGGCAGGUGGCGGUGCAAAUCUCGUCGUUCUGGCGGGCCAUGGAGCGCAUCGCCGCGCGAUACCAGACGCGGUCGUCGCCGUCGUUUGACCGCCACAUUUCUGUCGCGAAGGACCACCCGUCGACGUCGUCGCCGCGGCACCUCUUACGAGUAGGAGCUCUGGACGGUAAGGCUUCGUUGGAAUGGAUGCGCACGGGGGGAAACCCUCGAGUUCGAGAUGUGGUCGUGGACUUGAUGGACACGUCCAAGCGGGCGCGAGACGCCAUGAAAGCCAACAGCGCCGUGGACGACAUGUAUGCGCACCUGAAGCUGGCGCAGUUUCAGUGGAACGCGCUGCAGUUCAUGGUGGCUUUGAAUCAAGGCGGCCAUAACAUCCUUUUGAACGAUCAGCUGGGCACGGGCAAGCCUUACACGGUGUCGUUGUUUCUGUACGCGUUGAGUCGACUACAAGGUGACGACGGCAGUGGCGGUGGUGAUCGGGUGCCCCAUUUGAUUAUCGUGCCAGACGCCGACGUGCACAAGUGGGUGCACUACAUCAAAGUGCUGCACCCGCACCGCCGCCUUCAGUUGUACGGCGGCUCGUCCGUCGAACGCUUGCGGCAUCGCCGCGCAUGGGACGCCGAGUACAUGCAGAGUAGCAGCAGCAUCGACACGGAGCCCGUGUAUAGUGUGAUCGUAGCCCACUCUGUAUUUAUCCAAGAUGCCGCGGCGGUGUUUGGUCCCCAGCUGUGGCAGGCCAUCGUGAUCGAAGACAUGGGCCAGACCGUCGACACCCCGCUCGCGUACACAGGCCUGCGGAACGUCUCUGCCCGCGUGGUGGUGUGCGAAAUGGCGCUCGACCAGUGGGCAUCGGACCGGACGGCGCUGUGGGGGGAAUUUUUAUUGAAGCACACGAUGCUCAAGGACGAAGCGUGGAACGUGGUGGAGUGGGACGACCUGAACUUGGCCGAGGCGGCGUCGGUCCAGCGGAUGAUGAAGCACGCCGGCAUGCCGUUCAAGGACGAGUCGUCGUGUCUGCAGAUCGCAUUGCGGGCGCUUACGUUGGGGCGGCUUCGCAAUGACAUGGAAGCGCAGCUGGGCAAGGUGGAGGAGCAAACGGUGGCGUGUUGCAUGACGCCUUCCCAGUUGAAGUACUACAACAAUGCUGUCACGGGGUUCAACGCCACCGCAGACAAGGACACGGUCGACCACUGGCUCCGGCUCAUGCUGCGUCUUCGGGCAGCAUGCAACGGCGUGGACGUGCUGCAAGACUUCGACCGGCUGUCCAUCGUGGACCGAGCGAUGCUGGAAAGCUGUUCGGCCAAGCUCAAGGCGAUGAUGGAACUGGUGGACCGACUGGUGCAUCAAGACAAGGUCCGCGUGGUGGUUUACGUGCAGAGCGACGUGAUGCUGCCGGCGGUCGAGUACGCCGUGACGACUCAUUUGAACAUUCCGUGUGUUCGGGUCACAGGGUCGGCGUCGAGUCAGCAUCGCGCGCUGACGCAUUUUGCCUCCAAGGACAGUGUGCGCGUGGCCAUUCUGUCGAGCCGCGCGCGAACGAUUGGAAGCAAUCGCGCGGCGUGUGUGUACGGCGCCCAGGCGGUGGUGGUGGUGGACAGCGACUGGGACCCCAUGUGCGAUGCAAAACUCCGCGCGGCGUGGCACCUGCUCGCUGUGAAUGGAGACGUGACCGUGUAUCGGUUGUACUGUGAGAACUCGAUCGAAGCGUCGCUGCUGCGUGUGGGUUCGACUGUGUCGGAGAAAUUGUUUGGGGAAAUGACCCCCACCGAAUGCAUUGCGUCGCCCUUGUUCAAAUACGACGCUGUGUGUCCGUCGUGGUGGUCGUCGUCGGUCAACGUGGACCUGUCCAAGGCGCUUAUGAAUGCCGAGUUGGUGGAAAAGUACUGUGGCAACGUGGAAAACGUCGAGUGGUACCACUUGGAAGCGCCUCUCACUACGGGCGGCGAGCUCGACACUGAAGAGCAUUUGCUGCUGUCCAACAGCGACGAGUUGACGCCAGUCGAAUGGUACGCCGUGCAUUUGGUGCAAUCGUUAAAAGAGAAGCAAUUCCCGCGCUCCAGCAAACCCGCCCCGCUUGACACGACGAUUACCGCGGGACCUGACGAUGGCGUGUCGUCGUUUGAGACUGUGGUGGCGGAGCGGAAUUGGAGUCUGUGGAAGCAAGAACCCACCGGGGGCUUGUUCUACGACAGACACGAAGCAUCCAAGCGCGCAGUCGUGCAAAGCCUGCGGUUGGACGACGGCAUGUACGCGGGUCUUGUCCACGAGUUGCACGCCCCCGAGCCUGGCGACGUUGUACUCGACGACACGCGCGACGACGUGCCCGUGUCGAUUGUGUACCGCGCGCGGAAGCCGCCGUCGUUGGUGCCGGACAAGCUCAAGGUGGCGUCGGACCUGAAACCAAUCAAAGUCAAGAAAUCCAAAGUGCCUGGGAAAGCAGCAGACGAGUCGCUGAAACGCAAAUCCACCGCCGCCGACGGCAAGAAGAGCACCGACUACGAAGGGUUUCCGCUGCCCGAGGCGUCUGCAGGGUUCGACGACGACGGGUUCUGGGGGGACACGAACCUGGACGCACUGGACUCGGUGUCAUGGGACGACACGUCCAUCCUGGGCGGCAUUCAAGUACAAGGGUUGCCAGACCCGGCCCCGACAAAGAAGCUCAAGACGUCGGCAGCGGCGGCCUCGGCCAACUUGCUGCAGCGGCCUCGCAAACAAGUACCCGAAGCCAGUCGCGAAGGGUGGAGCUUUGUGGAAGAAGGUCUGCUCAAAAAGCUGCACGACGUGUACGGCGGGAAUUGGAACUUGAUUGCGCAAAUCCUCACGCGGCAAGCCAUGGUCAAGCGGCGGUCGGCGCGCCAAUGCCAGGAAAAGUUUCAGCGCUUACUCGCCCCCAACAAGGACAAACCCGUGAAAGUGAAACCCCUGGCGCUGUCCCCCGCGGCCGUGAGCUCCCGCGUGGGUCUGCACACUGGCGGCGUGCUGCUCAAGUACCCCCCGACGACGUUUGGCAUUCCCCCGCCGCCCAUCCGCACGAAUUGGGUCCUGAAACAACCGGUGCAAGACCACGAACUGCGCCAUUUUCGAAGCAGUAUGGAGGCGGUGCUCACGUCCGUCAAGAAGAAGGUGGCGCCUCCGCCCGUGCCAAUUCCGUCGACCGCAAUGGGCCCCCAUGAAUCGCACGCAGUGAUCUUGUCGACCCCGGUGCUCAGCCCCGACGAAGUGAUCAACAAGAGCAAACUCCUCGCCACGUACCAAGCCACCGUGAAUGGCGGCCCCCCCAUCCCCCCGCCGUCGUUCCCCGAAUCGUCUGGUAAGCAUCCACCGUUGACGGUGGACUCGACGUGAAAGUAGAAUAGGCUUGGGAAGCCUCGAUCUCCCGGCCACCUCGUCGUCUCACGUAGCUCCCGACACCACUCCAGCGUGGGGAGAUAUGUCCGUGCUGCAUCAGAAUUUAACCCGUGCUGGAGCAGAGUCUGGUAAUAUUGUAAUGCUAUAUAUAUAUAUCUUGUAGAUCGUAAUAAUCAUGGUGGUGUUGUGUGUUUUGUUGUGUAGCGUCGUCGCUUCCAAAUUCCACGGGUGUCCCCGUGUCCACGUUGCUGUACGUGAUUGACCGGAUGCCUGAAAUCAAGAUCCAGAUCCAAUCCAUAUUGCACCGCCACGAUUGCUCAGAAAGUCAAAAGGUGGCGCUCAUCGCGCGGCUCUUGAGCGUCACCAGCCAAGCAGCCACGACCGCGCCGUCGUCCACGUCCGCACGGUCGCUUCUGCAGUCAUGACGUACUGUAGCCAACUGUGAAGUCCCCCCCCACCCCCACCCACCCACCUAUCCUCCUGUAGACCCAUCUCGAGCAACGUGUAAUGCAACCAAUCUCAACUUACAAGUGUGUUCAUCAUUCACACUCUCUCGAGUGUGCUGCAAUAUGUAUGGGC